AUGGCGGCUCUUCCACAAUAUGACUACAUUUUCGCCUUUGGUAUGCUUUUUUCUUUUCUCGAUGCCUGGAAUAUCGGAGCCAACGAUGUCGCGAACUCAUUUGCGACGUCCGUAUCUUCUCGAUCCUUGACCAUGAUACAGGCGAUGUGUAUUGCGGCAGUCUGCGAGUUCGGAGGCGCUGUGCUCGCCGGUGCCCGUGUUUCUGGAACGAUUAAGAAUGGAAUCAUCAAGGUCGACGAUUUCGAACAAAACCCUUCGGUUCUGAUGUUGGGCAUGUUAUGUGCUUUGGUUGGCAGCUCAUUAUGGUUGACUCUCGCGACAAAGAUUGGGCUUCCCGUUUCCACGACACAUUCGAUCGUGGGUGGGAUCAUCGGAACAGGCUUCGCUACUCUCGGUGGCGGGGGUAUCAACUGGACCUGGAAGGGAGUUUCUCAGGUCUUUGCAGCUUGGGGUAUCGCUCCAGCAAUCUCGGGAGCGUUUGCGGCGAUCAUUUUCCUGAUCACCAAAUAUGCCGUUCUGGAGCGAAAGCGUCCCCUCCACAAUGGGUUGUGGAUGAUUCCCGUCUACUUUGCAGUGACUGCUGGCGUUUUGACCAUGUCCAUCGUGUGGAAAGGAGCCGCUUCUCUUGACUUGGACGACUGGGGUGUUGGACCUACUGUCGGAACAAUCUUUGGCGCCUCCGCCGGUGUUGUAGUUCUGUAUGCCAUCUUCCUGCUUCCAUUCCUCUACCGCCGCCUGGUUAUGGAGGAUUGGACUUUGAAAUCAUGGGAGAUCGUCAAAGGGCCUUUGCUCUGGCGCCGUGGCCCUGUUCCACCAAUUCCCGAAGGUCAUGCUGGCAGCGUGAUCCAGGACUACUACCGUGGCCAUAAUUACGGCACCCCCGAAGCCGUCGUACCCACUGGUGACGCCCCAUCUGCAGCUGUGGGUAAUGUCGAGCUGAACCGGGAAGUGAAGCACGAAAUCCCUUCCACCGAUUCUGGUGCCUCCGCAAGCUCCGUCGAAGAGAGACACGAGAGCAAGGCCAACCUCACCAUGGAAGAAAAGGCCAAGCUGAAGUCUCAAGAGUAUCCAUGGAAGACGAAGAAGGGAUUCCUGGCUCGCGCCCACUACUACUUCUUCCGUGGUGUUAACCGAGAUAUUGUCGAGGAACAAUCGGCCACCGUCAAGCCCAAGGGAUUUGCAGCAAGCUUCCUGGCAAAGGAUCUUUCAAAGGUUCACGUUCAUGUGCCUCAUUACGACAACAAGACGGAGCAUUUGUACUCCUUCCUUCAAGUCUUGACUGCCGCAGUGGCUAGUUUUGGACACGGUGCAAACGACGUCUCCAAUGCAGUUGGUCCGCUCUCCGCCAUCUUUGGUAUUUGGCAGAACAAUGAGGUCAGCUCCAGAAGUGAAGUGCCUAUUUGGAUUCUAGCCUAUGGAGGUGCUGCGAUAUCAAUUGGUCUUUUCACCUAUGGAUACAACAUGAUGCGACAAUUAGGCAACCGACUGACCCUCCAUUCGCCUUCUCGAGGCUUCUCCAUGGAACUCGGUGCUGCAUUGACUGUUGUCAUCGCUACACGUCUUGCCUUGCCAAUCUCGACAACACAGUGUAUCACCGGGGCAACUGUCGGUGUUGGUCUUUGCAGUGGCACACUCAAGGCAAUCAACUGGCGCAUGAUCGGAUGGAUUUAUUUCGGAUGGAUCCUCACACUGCCAAUUGCUGGACUUGUGUCGUAUAGUCUCAUGGCUAUCAUUGUCAAUGCUCCGCGUUGGGAGAUCAUUCCUAUCGCCGCAAAUUAA